UUACUGAGACUGGCGACUCGCUUAUCAGUCAGAGUGCGUCGGUCAUCCGGAGUCGUCGGUCUGGUGGGUCAGUCAGUCGGUUAUCGAGAGGCGACACCAUGUCUGGCCGCGUGAAGCAAUUUGCCAUCGUCUGUGUGGUGGUUGGAGUGCUGCAAACGAUCGCUAACGGGAUUACAGCAACGGGAUUACCUUGUGCCCUCCGCCAGUACCCCAGUGGAUCGGUAUGCGUGUGCAACGUGACGUACUGCGAUACACUCGAGUUUGCCGAACCGACGGCCACCGGAAGCUUCGUGUUGGUAUCGAGCAGUAGUGCCGGAUUACGUUUUGCGAUCGCCGAGGGGAACUUUUCAGCCAGCAGCGUACGACGACGGCCAAACGAUGACAGCGAGCUAACGGUGAUAACGAUCGAUUCGCAAAGCAAAUUUCAAACCGUGCAAGGUUUCGGUGGUGCCUUCACCGGUGCCGUGUCGCACAAUCUGGCCAAACUGCGUGCCCCGUUGCGUGAAAGCCUCUACAAAGCGUACUACUCGCGGACCGUUGGCAUCGGGUACAGCUUUAUGCGUGUUCCGAUCGGUGGUUGUGACUUUGAUCUUGCACCGUGGGCGUACAACGAGCAACCGGUGAACGAUGGGGCGCUGUCCAACUUUACCACGCUGGACGAUCGGGAUUUGGUGAAAGUGACGCAGAUCAAGGAACUGAUCGAUAUCACCGGGAACCGCGAUAUCCGUCUCAUCGGAGCGGCCUGGAGUCCACCGCGAUGGAUGAAAACGAACAACGACUGGACCGGGGCCAGCCGGUUGAAGCCAGAGUACUACCAGGCCUGGGCAGACUAUCACGUGCGCUACCUGGAGCUAAUGAAGGCGGCCGGCCUUGGCUUUUGGGCCAUCUCGACCGGUAACGAACCGCUGAACGGUGUGAUCGGCUUUCUCUUCAUUCACUUCAUGAGCCUUGGCUGGACGGCCCAGGAACAGGGUCGCUGGGUGGGCCAGUUUCUUGGACCCGCGCUCGAACGUUCAUCCGUCGCCGAGGUAAAGCUGUUCGGUUGCGAUGACCAGCGGUACACGUUUCCCUGGUGGUUCGCGCUGAUGGACCAGGGGCACCCGAACGCGACGAGCUAUCUGGAUGGACUGGCCGUUCACUGGUACUGGGACGGGGUGGCUCCGGCCGGACUGCUCGACCAGACCGCCCGUACCUAUCCGGGCAAGUGGAUAUUCAACACCGAGGCAUCACUCGGGGACAAACCGUUGCAGCAGCACCGUCCCAUACUCGGUUCGUGGGAGCGCGCCGAAUCGUACAUCCUGUACAUCCUGCAGGAUCUGCAGCACAGCGUGAACGGUUGGAUCGACUGGAAUCUGGUGCUGGACGAACGGGGUGGACCGAACUAUGCGAAGAACUAUGUGGAGAGUGCGGUGAUCGCAAACACCACCUCGAAGGAGGAAGCUUACAAACAACCGAUCUACUACGGUCUCGGUCACUUUUCUCGCUUCGUUCAACCCGGCGCCAUCCGGUUGGCAGCCCACAGCACCAAUGGUAACGUACAGGUUGUGGCCUUCGAGCGGACGGAUAAUCGCACGACCGUCGUGUUCUACAACAAAGCCAACACUCCCGUGACGGUGCAGGUGGAGGACAAGCGCCGUGGUGCCAUACGACUUCGUGUUCCUGCAAAAUCAAUACACUCGUUACUUUACAUAUAACGUGACCAGUCCAGUGCGUACUGCAAAGACGAAUAAAUAAGACUCCAGCAUCACCUGCAGGAAUUUCA